AUGGCGGACAUUCCUUUGUCCGAGUACACUCCUGAGGAAAUAGCAGUGAAAUACAAGCCCCAAGUAGAGGGAACAUGGUACUUUUUUACACAAAAAGUUCGAAAGUUUAACAAGGGACAGCGCCGGAACCGAGUUGCUAAAAAUGGGUAUUGGAGAUUAGCAAACACAACAGAUGUAUACUCAAAUAAUAAUGGCAACAAAAUUGGAUCCAAGAGUUUAUUGGCUUUCCAUAGAGUAAUCCCAAGCGUAAAGGAUUAUAAAAAGACUGACUGGAUUAUGCAUGAAUUCUUACUCCCUAAUUCAGAUCAAAAGAAAAAAAGUGUUGGUGUUGGAGAAGAAGACAUGAUCAAGCAUGAUGAUGGCUAUGUUCUUUGUCGGAUGUAUAUGAGGUGCUGCUCUAAAACCAACGUCAAAAAAGCUCGAAGGAGAUCAAACAAGAACGCAGAGACUCGAAUUCUGCCACAUAAUGUGGAGACUGCACCUGCAGCCUCAGAAUAUCAUGCACAUGAUAUUGAUGAUCAGAACGCAAUGCUUCUCUCGAUGACGCCCGACCACAUUGAUCAUGAAGCAAUAACUGUCGUGGAAAACCCGUCUUCUACGACGGUCUCCGGCGAGAAUCACGAUCUCGGAGGACUUUCAUCGGACACAAUACCGAACGCAGUUGCUUCAGCUGCUGCUGCUGAUGAUGAUGAUGAUGAGUUCACUGCGUUUUUGUCGCAGUACACUUUCUUUUUUGGUGAUAAUUACUAUUAUACACAGCUUAUGGAGAAUUUUCCUUCAACGAUGAUGUUUUGGUUUUGA